AUGGCUCAUAGACAACAUUUUAGUAAGUCUACAAAACGUAGACGAUUUAUUGAAGAGGUUGAUGUAGUUGAUCUUUUUAGAGAAAAUUCCGGAGAAAGUCUAAUACAACUUUCAGAAGUUAUACCUAUAGCAUCUACCUCAUCACACGAAAAUGAAUAUACUGCACAGUCAAUUAUACUUAAAUCUAGUUCUUGUAGUGAUACUGAUGAUUUAUAUAAUACAAACAAUUCUGAUGAAUGUGAAUUACUGGAUAGUUCAUCUGAUAGUGAUAUUGAUGAUUCUACGGAUGAACUUUUAUAUGAUAUACAGGAUUCAGGUUUUAAUUUGUGUAAUAAUGAUGCUGAACCAAUUUUAAAAGUUUUAGCUCAGUGGGCAGUCGGCCAUAAUAUUACAAAUGUUGCUCUAUCAGCAUUAUUAAAAAGCCUGAAAUCCCACAAAUGUUUCAAUAAAUUUCCAAUUGAUGCUCGUACAAUUUUAAAAACCAGUUUAAAUAAUCAUGCUAUGCAUAUUCAAUCAGUUACACCCGGGAAGUAUUAUCAUUUUGGUAUUUCUAAUGAGCUAAAGAAAAUAAGUAACUUUUUAAAUAUCUGCGAAGACUCAAUUUAUAUCAAUAUAGGAAUUGACGGUUUACCUAUCAGCAAAAGUUCGGGGAGCACAUUUUGGCCAAUCCUUGGUAGUAUUGAAAAUGUAUCAUCAUCGACAUAUGUUUUUUUAGUUGGACUUUACUGGGGAUUGGAAAAGCCUUUGGAUAGUAACUUAUAUUUGAGCGAUUUGGUAAAUGAAUUAAAAGAAUUGUCACACAUAGGUAUAUCUACACCUUAUGGUAAAAAGUAUGUUGUUGUGAAUUGCAUUUGUUGCGAUGUCCCCGCAAAAAGUUUUAUUCUAAAAACAAAAGGCCAUACAGGGUUUUCCUCGUGUUUGAGGUGUUUUAUCGAUGGUGUUCGUAUUGGAUCUAGAACAUGUUUCCCAGGUACACGGUUUAUUAAAAAAACACAUACAGACUUCAUAAAUCGUACACAUGAAGAACAUCAUAUGACCGAUUCAAUUUCAAUAUUAACCGAUGUACCACAUAUUGACAUGGUUUGCAACUUUAGUUUAGACUACAUGCAUCUAGUAUGUUUAGGAGUUGUAAAAAAGCUUAUUUUAUUAUGGUUAGGUAAUUUGAAAUGUGCUCCUCUAUCAGUCCGCCUACAAUCUAGAAGUGUACAUGUUAUUUCUUCUAAUCAUUUGUCACUUAGACCAUUCAUUACUAAUGAUUUUUCAAGAUAUCCCAGGUCCCUUUCUGACGUGUCUAGAUGGAAAGCUACCGAAUUUAGACUUUUUUUGCUUUAUACUGGGCCCAUAGCAUUGCAAGGUGUCCUGAAAGGUGAAGUGUACAAACAUUUUUUAUGUUUGCAUGUGUGCUUCAGAAUUUUGUUAACUCCAAGCAUCAGCAUAGAGUUAAUUGAUUAUAGUGAGAAGUUAUUAGUUUAUUUUGUUGACAAAUAUGAAACAUUAUAUGGAAAAGAAUUCAAUUCUCACAACAUCCAUGGGUUACUUCAUAUUGUUGAUGAUUAUAGAAAAUUUGGUUCCCUAGAUAGGUGUUCUUGCUUCCCUUUUGAAAAUUACAUGAAAUUCCUAAAAAAAAUGAUCCGAAAACACGAAAAACCUCUUGAACAAGUAAUUAAACGAUAUGAAGAAAUUUCAGAAUUUUGCAAACCCACCCUUGUUAGUUUGAAUAAUCAUCAAUUACAUGUAAUAAAAGAACAUCAUGAUGGACCACAAGUUGAAUACUGUACUGGCUGGUCACAAUUUAAAUGUAUUAUUAUUAAUAACUUUAAAAUAGUUACAUCAUCAAACUCUGAUUGCUACAUAGGUUACGAAGCACAAGGCAAACUAAUCAUUUGUAAAGUUUAUAAUAUAUGCAAAAAUUCCAAUGAUAAUGACAAUGUAGUAUUUAUUGUUAAAGUGUUUAAGAAAAAUGAAAUAUUUUUUGAUAAGCCAGUUAAUAGUUUUAAAUUAGGAAUAGCUAUUGUAGAUAAUUUAUCAAACAAUUUUGAAAUAGUUGAUGUUCAUACAACAUUCAGAAAGUACAUGAUAUUGCGUAACAAUGAAUGUGUAUCAGUUGCUUACCCAAUUUUACAUUCUAAUUCAAAUUAA